CUCUCACAUUCGUAUUCCCUCUGUCGAUCACGUGACUUUUUGUGAACCAGGAAGUGAGCGGUGUCUUUGAAAACACGGCGCCAGCUGCCACAGAUUCACUGAAAGUGAUAUUUUGCUGAUGCCCUCAGUUUCAAAGUGAUGCCAGCUUCGGAGCCGGUCCGGUUGGGUCGUAAACGAGCCCUGCCCACCUGCCCGAACCCUCUCUUCCUCAGGUGGCUCACCGAGCUGCGGGACCAGGCCAGAGAGAAAGGGCUGAAGACCCAGCACGUCUACCAGAAGGCCAUCAGCUCUCUGAACAAAUACCCUCUACCGCUCAAAAACGCCAGAGAGGCAAAGAUCCUCCAGAACUUUGGAGACGGGAUCUGCAAAAUACUGGACGAGAAACUGCAGCGAUAUUACAGAGAAAACGGUCCAGAAGCUCCCAUCCACUCUCUCCCCGAGGGAGCGCCCCCUGCUGGCAGACCGGACAACAACAGCCUGGCUCCCACCAGGAAGAGGAAUGCUGCAGGAGACGGAGGGAAGGAAACAAGAGAAGGAGGAGGAGGAGGAGGAGGAAGAGCAGGAGGAGAAGCCGGAAAGAGGAAAAAGCGGGAGUACGUUCCCCAGAAGAGGUCGGGCGGCUACGCUGUCCUGCUCGCCCUCUACAGGCAGGCCCAGAUCCCGGGUAGUAAAGGUUACAUGUUCAAGCUGGAACUACAAGCUGAAGCCCAGCAUCUGUGUGACAAGUCUUUCACUGUGCCUGAACUGGGCAGCAAAUACACCGCCUGGUCCUCAGUGAGCACGCUGAUCCAGAAGAACCUGGUCCUGAAGACACACAACCCUGCAAGGUAUUCUCUGACAGAAGGAGGUCUGGCUUUGGCCGAGCGACUGGAGUCAGGAGAGCGAGACGGCAACAGAGGACCAGAGAGAGGCAGAGAUGGAGAAGGGGAUGGCGAGGACAGCAGGAGUGAAGGAGAGGAGGAGGAGGACGAAGAGGAAGGAGGUGGUUGUGGGGUCAUGGAUCUUGCUGUGGGUGAUGCGGCACAAGAAGAGAAGGAGGAGAGACUAAACCCCACAGAGAGGCUGGUCAGUGUCGCCCCGCUCAGGACUGACGCUGGUGGGACGAGCUGCUCAGGAAAACCCCAGGCUCCACCAGCAGCGAGCAGAAGGCCCAACGGAGAACGACUCUUACCUGGAAAUUAUGAGAUUAUCCUCUGUGUGGACUUUAUUGAGACAACUGGCGGCAGCCACCACUGUAAGCAGGAGCUGGUCAAAGAGCUCCAGAGGAACAGAGUGACCUUUGACAUCAGGAAGCUGAACGUCGGGGACUUCCUGUGGGUGGCUCGCGAAAAGGUCGCGCCCGUUCCAGGGCAGCUGCGUCCCCCUCCAGGCAGGGAGCUGGUCCUCGACUACAUCAUCGAGAGGAAGAGGAUGGACGACCUGUGUGGCAGCAUCAUCGACGGGCGCUUCAGGGAGCAGAAGUUUCGUCUGAAGAGGUGUGGUCUUCGCAGGCCCAUCUACCUGGUGGAGGAGUGCGGGACGGCAGCUUCACACCUGAGUUUACCUGAAACCACGCUACAGCAAGCCAUUAUCAACACACAGGUGGUCGACGGCUUCUUUGUGAAGAGAGUCCAGGACGUGAAGGAGUCGGCAGCCUACCUCACUGUUAUGACCAGAUACCUGUCCAAACUGUACCAGAACCGCACGCUGAUCUGUCGCUCCAGAGAGCUGGAGGGGGACGGAGAGAGCGACGAGGAGGAGAGAGGGAACCCGUCCUGCACGCUCAUAUCCUUCACCGAGUUCAACCAAGGGGCCAUCAAGAACAAGUGUCAAACAGUGAGAGAGGUGUUUGCCAGACAGUUGAUGCAGAUCAGUGGUUUGUCUGGAGACAGAGCAGCUGCCAUACUGGAACACUACAGCACUCCACGCAGUCUUUUAACAGCCUAUGAACAGUGUGCCAGUGAAGCAGAGAAAGAAAAACUCCUGUCCUCCAUCCGUUAUGGGAAACUCAAAAGGAAUCUGGGUCCAGCUCUGAGCAGAACAGUGUACCAGCUGUACUGUACACAAGGAGCGCUGUCAUAGACACACUCAUUCACACACACACACACACACACAACCUCACUCACCCACUAAUGCAAAAAACACUUUGUCACAUCCAGACUUAACCAUUUCCCUGUGGUUUUACAUUCAUGACCGUUUACAUCUGUGUAUGUAAAUAUAAAGAUGCUGCUAUAUUUUAUGAAUUUUAUUGCUGCUAAGUUUUGUAUGAAGACUUCCACAAAGUAAAGUUUUGGAUUUUGCCUCAAUAAAGUUUCUCAUUUUGAACAGUU